AGGAGGAACCGAGCUCCUGUGAGCUCCUGCUGGAAGCGCUGCACGAGCUGAAGGAGCAGCCAGGAGAGCCGAGGAGUCUCUUCCUGCCUUUUUCUCUCCUUCUAUCACUUCGUGGAGCUCGGAUGGGCUGCAGAAGAGUCUGGAGAGCUGACGAGGUGAUGGGGCAUCGCUGACCGAGGAGCUCCACGUCUUGGCUGGAACUAUAGCAGCGGAUGUAGUUUCAGAAAUAUAGAAUCUUUUUUUUCAUUUUUGUCCAUUCUUUUUCAUAACGUUUCAUUUUUUUAAUUCAUACUAUUCACUUUUGUUUUUAUCAGCAUCAUUUUUGCUUACUUUUUAAACUUUUUUGCUACUUUUGUUUUACAUAAAUUGUGUCAAAUCCAUUAAAAAACGCUCAGUAUCGUCAUUAAUGGUUGGUGCGUUAUCAUGGAGCUCGGUCCCGCGUGCUGAGCGCGCGCCCUCCCAGUAAACGAUGAAGCUGCUCGGCCUUUACGGACUCGUGUGGAGUUGUCUUGGCCUCGUGCAGGGCGCGCGGGCCGCGCUGGCUGACCACCAUGUGCACUCGAGCUUCAUCUACAGGCGCCUGCGGAACCACGAGAGGCGCGAGAUCCAGCGCGAGAUCCUGUCCAUCCUGGGCCUGCCACACCGCCCCAGGCCCUUCUCCCCGGGCAAGCACGCGUCCUCCGCGCCGCUCUUCAUGCUGGACCUCUACAACGCCAUGACCACGGAGGACGAGGAGGCGGUCGUGGUGGGCGAGGAGGGCAAAGGGGCGCGUGGGAAAGCGGCGGAGGGCGCGCGUAAAGGCGCCCACGGCCCUCCGCGGCAGCCCUCGCCCAGCCACAGUCCGCGCCUGGCCACCCCGCACGACACCAACUUUCUCAACGACGCGGACAUGGUCAUGAGUUUCGUCAAUAUGGUGGAGAGGGACCGAGAUUUCUCCCACCAGAGGAGACAUUACAAAGAGUUCAGAUUCGACCUGACUCAGAUCCCGGAUGGAGAGGCAGUAACAGCGGCUGAGUUUCGCAUCUAUAAAGAUCACAGCCAUGGCAAAUACGAAAACGCCACGCUCAAAGUCUCCAUAUACCAAGUUAUCAAAGAAUACCAGAACAGGGAUGCCGAGACAUUUUUGCUUGACUCAAAGAAAGUCCGCGCCUCAGAUGGAGGAUGGCUGGUGUUUGACAUCACAGCUACCAGUAACCAUUGGGUGCUGAACCCUCAGCAGAACAUGGGCCUUCAACUCUGUGUGGAAACCAUGGACGGUCGAAGCAUCAACAUGAAGUCCGCUGGGAUCAUUGGAAGGAGCGGGCCACAAUCCAAACAGCCUUUUCUUGUUGCUUUUUUCAAAGCCAGUGAAGUGUUGCUGCGCUCUGUAAGGGCCACCGGGGGCAAGAGGAAGAAUCACAGCAGAAACAAAAGCAGAAGUCAACAGAAAACCUCACAGGCUCCCAGGAGUGGAGAUCAAAACACCAGCGAACAGAAGCAAGCCUGCAAAAAGCAUGAGCUCUACGUCAGCUUCCGCGACUUAGGAUGGCAGGACUGGAUAAUUGCACCUGAGGGUUAUGCAGCUUUUUACUGCGAUGGAGAAUGCUCGUUCCCACUCAAUGCACAUAUGAAUGCAACAAAUCAUGCAAUUGUACAGACUUUGGUCCACCUCAUGUUCCCUGAUAAUGUGCCAAAACCCUGCUGUGCCCCUACCAAGCUGAACGCUAUAUCUGUGCUCUACUUUGAUGACAGCUCAAACGUUAUUCUGAAGAAAUACCGUAACAUGGUAGUCAGGUCUUGUGGGUGCCACUGAGGGUGAACCACACACAGUUUUGGGAGCUGGUUUUGCAGGCACAGACUAAUCCCAGUCUUGGGCUAAAUUACAUUGCCACUGGGGAUUAUCCAUUGAAUCAUUUUCAAUCUAGGACUCUGGAUUAAUCUGUGGCUGUAAAACCUACCAUGUUGGUGAUAUGGCUGGAAUCAAAUCCAUACUCUCCAAGUAGAUAGUUUUGACAUUUGAUGUACAGUGUUAUGUAUAUAUUAGCUCAUGAAUGCUCUUAUUUAUUUGCCUUUAACUGUUCCAAUAGAAGGUAUGUAGAAAGUUACCACUUGCAGAUACACAUCUGAUGCUGAGAACUGGUUUCCCAGACCUAGAUUAAGCCUAGUUCUAAAACAGAUAGUUCUGGUCCUGAAAUCUUAUUGGCUGAGCCGCGUUCAAUGCUGUUGUAGAAUCCACGAUAUGUUAACACCCAUGACCGCCUCACAACAUCUGAACUCUGUAUCACUGCUCUAAUGCUGCACGCAGGAACCACCAAACGUACUGACGAAGUAAAAACAGCUCUUUGUUUAAACUGAGCGGCUAGCAACUUAUGUUCUUAACUAGAACUAGGCUGGACAGCUGGGUAACAGGCUAAAAGAUAGUAAACAGCCUAAACACCUCCAUCAUUAAUAUGCUGUUAUGCCAUUAAUAUGUUAUUAAUCAUACAAUAUGAUUUACUACUGCAAAAGGGCAUUAUAAAACACUAAAGAAUGUGACUUGAAUGACUUGCACGCUUGAAAUAUUAAUGUAUAUGCUGACUGAAACACAGAUUUGUGUUUGCAGGCUGAAUCCCAAAUGGCUCUGUACUUCCUAAAUAGUAUGCUAGUUAUGAAAGUUUUGAAAUUCUAGCCUCUACAGCAAAAACAAAGAUGUGCCUCAGCCCCAAUAACUACUUUUUAGCUAUAUUAUUCACUGUAGUGGUGUAGGAGCCGGUAUGUAAAUUAAUACGUAGUGCACUAUGUAGGGAGCAAGAGCUGUUUGAGAUUCAGCCCCAGCAUGAGAAGAGGGGCCCCACUGAUUGAUGCUAAACUCGCGGCGAUAAUUUGGUGACCAAAACUUUCUUAUAGAUGCAAAAGUUUUUGCAUUAAACUGUGUCAUCAUAUGUUCAUUGUUAUAUGACAACAAGCUGAAAAGUUCAUGAACUGAAACUGCAGUUUACAGCGAUAGGCAACCGAACGUUCUCCUCAUUCAGCGGUCUAUGGUUGCCUGGCGAUGACAUCAUAUGUUUAAAGAACUACAUUUCUUGGCGGAAUACUUGUUAAUGUAUUGUAUUAUUAUCAGUAAUCAGUAAGUUUAUAUUUGUCGCGUCAUGUCUAAGAACACCCUUCUCCGUGAUACAAUCACAGUAAUGCAUGGCCUCUCGUGGCUUAAUACUUUAAUCUAAAAAUAAUUUACAAUAGAGAUUCACCGUUGGCACUGUAGUUUAGUCCAAGACUAGGCUUAAUCCAUGUUUGGGAAACCUGAUCUUUCCUGAGGAUUUGUCUAUUAUACGAGGCCAGUACAGCAAGCAAUAUCUAUCAUGGUUGUAACAAUGUACAGUGAUGUUUUGGUUUCAGAUCAUUGUCAAUUUAUUAGAGACCACUCAAAUAAGGCAGUGCUGCUAUUUUAAGAUAUGAAAAUAUGCAAAAUUGUGUGCAGUCAUUGUAACUUUGGAUUAUGGCACAAUUACCUGGUUUACUCAUUGAUAAGCUAAAAUGAACCUGCUCUCAUGUGACUCAGGAUUGAGUAUGUCAUAGAAUUAUGAUCAUCAGAUAUGCCCCCCACCCUUCCUUCCACCAACCCCACCACCACCCCCCCCCCUCUAGAGUCACUUUAUAUCAGUUGAGAUAUCAGUGAAUGCAAAUGCCUCUGGAAAACAUGGGGAAGAUUUGAGGUGAUAGUCUUCCAAGAUGCUCCUGAGUUUCUUAUACAUUUACAUUAGUAAUUUGAGUAAUAUAUUUUUGGAAAGUAUUUCAUUUACUGUAUUAGAACAGUGUUUAUGUGUCAGUAAAUAUAUUUUCAAAUAUA